AUGGCGUUACGGAAGGUUGAAGUGCAAGAUCCAGUCAAAUUCUUGACGAAAAUAGUCCCAUGUUUCAUGAAAGCAUCGACUCUAAACGACUGGUUCAGUGUUCUAGAAAGAAUACUUGAAGAUACCUCCGGCAUGUUCCUUGUUAUCAAUGUUCGCGUGCUUAGUGCGCAAGUUGAAAUUGCAAAAACGUGGCCAACGCAGUUUGGGGAAAUUAUGUCCCGACUACAAACUACUCAUGGAAUUUGCUUGCGAAUUUUGCUCAUAUCGACGUUACCAAUCUGGUCUGAUCUUAACUCGCAGCCGCUGUUGUUUGUUGGCGCAGCACCUGAUCCCGACCUGUCUGGUAUAGGACAACGGGCUGAGGCGCUAACUGGCCCUGAUCUACCGCUUCACCUUGUGGGUAAAAAUAUUCCCAGUCAAUGGGUAUCCCGAUCCUCUCAAGUAAACGGAAUGCAGCAAGCACAAAACGAUCGAGUCCAGAGACCGAAGGAACCAUACACACAAGCGGCCCAGUCAUUUCCUCAGUCAACCACCCAACACCAGGUUGAUAUAGCAAUUCUCUGUGCGCUGCCUCUUGAGGCCGAUGCCGUAGAGGCUCUUUUCGAUGAUCAGUUAAGUGGGCAGUACAAUCGCGCAGAGGGGGAUACAAAUUCAUACACACUUGGUAUCAUUGAUCACCAUCACGUUGUACUUGUCCAUAUGCCUGGUAUGGGUACGCGCCACGCAGGGCCCGUGGCUACACACUGCAGAGCGACAUUCCCAAAGAUAUGUCUUGUACUAAUUGUGGGAAUAUGCGGGGGAGUCCCAUUUCUCAACAAUGGCGCCGAAGUCCUCCUUGGAGAUGUGGCAAUCAGCGAAGGGCUCGUCAUCUACGAUUUUGGAAGACAAUAUCCUGACGGGUUUGUGAGAAAGAACAGUACUCUUGAGAGUGCGAGGAAGCCACCAGCUGAGAUUCUAGGAUUUUUGGCCAAGCUCAAGGGUCGCAAUGGGCAGAGAACCCUUAAUGAGAGGACCCAAGUCCACAUGGGAACACUGAGAAGGGAACUCGGCACUCUAGCCGUGUAUCCCGGUGCCAGUAAAGAUAUACUUUUUGACUCGAAAUAUCGUCACAAGCACCAUUCAUCAGCGUGUGCGGAGUGUUCGCUAUCUGAAACGCCAUUAGGAAUGGUCUGUGAACAAUCUCGUGCGUUAUCCUGCGAGGAUGUCAAGUGCGACUCUGCACAUUUAAUAACCCGCCAACGUCAAAAGGAUAUGUUGCGGAAUAGUCAGGAUCAACAAGGCAGCUAUUGUCCAGUCAUCCAUAUUGGACGGUUUGCAUCUGGUGAUAAAGUAAUGAAAUCCGGCGAGGAUCGAGACGCGAUUGCUCGUAGUGAAAGCAUUAUAGCUUUCGAGAUGGAGGGCGCAGGAGUAUGGGAUAACAUGCCAUGUGUUAUUAUAAAAGGUGUUAGCGACUAUGCCGAUAGCCAUAAGGACAAGAGAUGGCAGGGAUUUGCUGCCGCUACGGCUGCGGCUUGCAUGAAGGCAUUUCUGGAAAGAUGGCGACGAUGA